AUGAAACGACAAAAUGUUCGUACCCUGUCUUUGGUUGUUUGCACCUUUACCUAUUUACUUAUUGGAGCAGCAGUUUUUGAUGCACUGGAGUCUGACACAGAAAGUAAAAGAUGGGAAGUUUUGUCUGACAUGAAGAAUGGUUUAGUACGAAAAUACAAUAUCACACCAGAAGACUAUCAUAUGAUAGAAAUAGUGAUUAUAGAGAACAAGCCACACAAAGCUGGUCCUCAAUGGAAGUUUGCUGGUGCAUUCUACUUUGCAACUGUUGUACUAGCCAUGAUUGGAUAUGGCCAUUCUACUCCAGUCACUGUCGGAGGCAAAGCUUUUUGUAUGGCAUAUGCUAUGGUGGGCAUACCCCUGGGUCUAGUGAUGUUCCAAAGUAUUGGUGAGCGUCUGAACAAAUUCGCGUCAGUGGUUAUACGGCGAGCUAAAUGUUAUUUGCGAUGUAAUACAACUGAGGCAACGGAAAUGAAUCUUAUGUUUGCCACUGGAAUGUUGUCUUCUAUUAUAAUUACAACAGGUGCAGCAGUGUUUUCAAGAUAUGAAGGAUGGAACUAUUUUGACAGCUUCUAUUACUGCUUUGUCACUCUUACUACUAUAGGAUUUGGAGAUUAUGUUGCUUUACAGAAUGAUCAAGCCCUAACAAGUAAGCCGGGAUAUGUAGCACUGAGUUUGGUGUUCAUUCUGUUUGGAUUGGCCGUGGUUGCAGCUAGUAUCAACUUGUUGGUCCUACGAUUUAUGACUAUGCAAGCUGAAGAAAGCGCUCGUGACGAAGACAAGGAUGGAUCGAAGACGUUGCUACCAAUAGAUGGUCAUAUAAUUACUACCCGACAGAGAUCCCAUGAAGACCAGGCUUCAGUUUGUUCCUGCAACUGUUUGGGAAAUAAAACUUGGGAAAGUGGCGCCCUCCUACCGCCCGUCCCAUCUCAUCAUGAAUUUCUCGAUCAUUCCCUGUGCACAGAGCUGAUAGAACGAGCUUCUAUUUAA